UGACGCCCCAACACCCUGGGUACCCCCCCUCCUCACUCCUAGACAUGACGAUUGAUUUAGGGCCAGGGCCCAAUGCACAGAUGCUAUAGGAUCAGGUGUCGGUGUUGGUUCUUCACCACCUCAUGGAUCUGGUGCUUGUUAGAAGGGGCAAGAAGCUGGGGAAUACGGGGAUCUGCAUGGGAGACUGAGGCGGGACAGGCCGAGGGAUUUGGAACUCUAUCCUCACUACGGUAUCUAGUCACAUCCAGGUUCUGGCCCGACGGAAGGCCAGAGAGAUCCAGGUGAAGCUGAAGGUACGCUACGACCAGGUUGCCAAAGACAAGGCCCUGCAGAGUAUGGCCACCAUGUCCUCCGCCCAGAUCAUCUCGCCUACGGCUUUCCAGAACAAGAUGGCUCUCCAGGGCCUGUCUAGGCCGGCCUAUCCCACUUCUGGUGGGUUUUGGCACGGGGCUCUUCCAGGACAGCCAGGAGGCCACGAAGACAUUAAGCCCUUCUCCCAGCAGAGUUACGCCAUGCAGGCGUCCGGCCCGACCCCUAUAACAGGUUAUGAAAGCACAGCGGGGCUGUCGAUGUCUCCCGGUGCCCCCCCCUGGCAGGGUAGAUGCAUUGCCAGCUCCAAGCUGCGAAUGCUGGAGUUCUCCGCCUUCCUGGAGCAACCUCAGGACCCCGAGAAUUUCAACAAGCACCUGUUUGUGCACAUCGGCCAGUCCAACCCGAGCUACAGCGACGCCUAUCUGGAGUCUGUGGACGUCAGGCAGAUCUACGACAAGUUCCCGGAGAAGAAGGGAGGCCUGAAGGAGCUGUUUGAGAAAGGGCCGCACAACGCUUUCUUCCUCGUCAAGUUCUGGGCGGACCUCAGUGUAAACCCGCAGGAUGACAGCAGCUUCUUCUAUGGUGUUUCCAGUCAGUACGAGAGCUCUGAGAACAUGAUUAUCACCUCAUCCACUAAAGUCUGCUCCUUCGGCAAGCAGGUGGUAGAGAAAGUGGAGACGGAGUAUGCACGUUUCGAGAAUGGACGCUACGUGUUUCGAAUCCAUCGUUCCCCUUUAUGUGAAUAUAUGAUCAACUUUAUCCACAAGCUUAAACACCUGCCGGAGAAGUACAUGAUGAACAGCGUACUGGAGAACUUCACUAUCCUACAGGUGGUGACUAACAGGGACACACUGGAAACCCUCCUGUGCAUAGCCUACGUCUUCGAGGUGUCCACCAGUGAGCACGGCGCACAGCAUCACAUUUACAGGCUAGUCAAAGACUGACACAGUUGGAACUUCUACCUGCUCUAGACCCCAUUGUAGCACCUCAGUGAGCAACAACACUUAACAACGGAUUACUUCCUCCGUGAGCUUAAAAAGCUGAAACCAUUCAACUGGGUCAGAAGCCCAGAGAGGCUUUGUUUGUCCGUAAUGCCCAGGGACACUCUUACUGCUGAGGAAGAGCUGGAUUUGGGAUUGUGGAAACUGGAACGGGCUUUGUGUGUGAAAAGUGGUGAGGAAAAAAAAACCCAGAAGAGGACCAUGAUACGCCGUGGUCUCUAUACCAAAGGAGCCAAACCUAGCCAACAAGACCUGCAUGAGAACGUUGUCAUUGGUGGUGUUUUUCAUCUCAUUUUACUAGUGCUUGUUUUUGAUUUAGAUUCUUUUACACACAUGCAUGUGCAGGGGAUGUUUGAUGCGGAGGAGUCUGGCUGCCUCAGGGUGCCACCUAGUGACUUAAAUAUAAAUAUCAAUGGGGGUUGGGGGGGGGGGGGAUAAGAAAAGUAGGCUGAAAAUCCCUCCUUUGCACAUCCAUGAAAUAUCACUGUUUUUUCUUUGGUGCCAAUCGUUUGUGUUAUUUGAGUAAUUAUGUACAGUCCAUCUCCUCUAAACAGAAGAUAAAGAGGCUAAAAAUGAUUUAAGAGAGCUAUUGUAUUCACAUUGUUUGAUGUUUAAUGUUAAAUGUUUCUUGUAUUGUCUUACUGUUUUUGAUUGAAAAUGAUCUGACGACAACAAAAAAGGCACAUAAUAACACUGCUAACUUGAACCAGAUUUUAGAUCUGUAAGCUGAUUACAGACUGUAACUGUAACUUGCCCUGAAGUGUCAGAUGAAAAUACAAGUGUUUCUUACAUAA